AUGAAUCCGCGAGAUUUGGUUCAACAAUUGCAGCAUCUUAAGUAUCUACCUCGAACCGAGGAAGUAUUUACCAAGAUUCAGGAAGACCCCUACUUGUCUUGCAAGCUACCAGGACCGAACGAUACUGCAGGGGCCAUUCUUCAACAUGCUAUGACAACAUUUGAACAUCUACGAUCCAGGGAAUCACCGUUAAUCUUCAAGUUUGUGAUCACGCAUGACGCUUCAUUUCGCUGGCAUAACCCGAAGUACGGCUACAAGCGUGGUAUUGACAGAUUUCAGCGCAUGCUGGUCAUCUAUGCUGCCCCGGAUCCUAUUGGCCCAGCUUUUCUUGAAGCUGCCAGCUGCCGAGCUCAGAUCAAGACGGCCCGUGCGGUCGCCAGUGAUGUGGGCGAAGUGGAAGCUCAUUGGGCUGGCUUGAGUGGUUGGGCUGGAGCUAGCUUGACUCAUUCUGAGAGGGAUGCUCAAAAGCAAAUUUCUAAGCAGAAGACACGGCUAGACAUUCCCUUGAGUCAGAUGCCCAUGAGUCAAGCAGGCAAGACGUUGGAUUGGAUCAAGCCCCGCAGCUGGUUUGAGUUCAUCUUUCGGAAAGGCUUGUGGCAUCGCCUGGCAGGCCUUGAUGACUCAAGCCGCGCAGGCGCACCGCAGGUGUGGAGCGCUUUUUGGACGAAGCUGAGAGGACUUUGGCCAGACCACGAGAUCUUUCAGAUCCCUGGUAUAGACUUUUCUCGCACAGUCGCUGUUUUUCUGCACGGUGAUGAGGGACGAUCUUUAAAGCGCCAGGCCUGGAUGGUGACAGCUGGGCAAUCCGUUCUUGGAUUUGGCUUCGCAGUUCCAGAUACACCUGGCAAGACGAGAAAACGCUCGAGAAGUGGUGCUGAUAACGAUGUUGCCCUGCGAGUCAACUACCUUGGCAACACGUUUACAAGUCGCUUCGUGUGCAGUAUGCUGCCUAAGAAGUGCUAUGAGGAGGACCCCACGUUGUAUGACAACGUUUUGCAGGUUUUGACUGAGGAUCUGCUUGAUCUUUUUGAGACAGGACUGGAGGGCCCUGAUGGCACGCAUCGAGUAGCCUGCGUUGGAGUGAAAGGGGAUUGGCCCUAUCUGGUGAAGGCGGGGAAACUGCUCCGCAACUUUAACACUGCUGCCAAGAAGGGUCACAGCAGAGCCAAGGACAAGGGAAUUUGUCACGCUUGCUUAGCAGGUCGCGAAAGCAUGCCGUAUGAGGAGAUUGCCACGCUCACUCCCAGAUGGUGGCAGUCCGUUGGCGCAGAGACACCGUGGGCGCAGGAGCCAGUGCUGCUGAAGUUGCCGUGCCGAGCAUCAAAUCCAGCUACGCUCUUUCAACCUGACAUCUGGCAUACAUUCCAUUUAGGAAUAGGCCGGACGUUCUUAGCGUGCACCAUGGUUUUGGCUUUGCCGCUUUGUAAUGGCAGCAACAAUGAUGAACGUUUCGCUGCCAUGACUGCUUCUUACGUGCGGUUUUGUCGCCAACACAAGCUGCAGACCCACCUGGCGAAGAUCACAGCUGACACGGUUCACUUAAAGGACAAAUUGGGACCCAAUGGGACGUGGCAGAAGGGAGCCCUCACAACGAAUCUCAUGAGGUGGCUUCCCGUUUUCUUGUCGGAGCUUCAGGUGCCACUGGACAGCGAUUUGGGAAAAGCUUCCAGGGCAGCCUCUGCAAUGAAUGAGCUGUUUGGAUUGCUUUUCAGAGCAGAGGCGUUUUUGACCAGGGACGAGGCAAUGCGUGUCGGCGAGCUGGGCAUGGAUUUUAUGAAGGUCUACUAUUACCUCGCCGUCCAGGCCUACAACGACAAGAGGAUGCUAUAUCCGUUAUUGCCGAAAUUGCAUUGGCUGCAUCACUUCUGGUUGGAAGCAAGAGACAAUGCCCAGCGAGAGGGCUACUCGCUGAACCCACUGGCUACAGCCUGCCAACAAGAUGAGGACAUGGUAGGCAAAGCGUCUCGAUUGAGCCGCAGAGUAAAUGCAAGGACCGCUAUCAACCGGACCUUCUUGCGGUAUCUGGCUGCGUGCCACACAGCUUGGACAGAAGCUGACCUGAUCCGCAAAGCUCAGGACUAG